AUGUCGCCAAAAAAAUAUUACAUAAUUGAAUUCCCCCCUGAUAAAUACAAUUCAGUGCCUGUGGAGCUUGUUCCAAGUCACUGGGUUAUCCCCGCAGAGAAAGUUUGUCUCUGGCCACCAAACUCUGGGCCAAGUAUUAGAAAUUUGAUAAAAAAGGGCACUGCUAUUCCUGAUGUCAAGUGGGGAAGAGUUAGCUACGCCAGGAUUAUUGGGAAUUACGAUGAUUAUGAAGUUGCGACAAAAAAACUUCAAGUAGCCGAGGACACUUCCAACUUGGAAAGUGAAACAGAACCAGAAAGCAGAUUAAGGAGCAAGAAGAUAAUUCCCGAUAUUCAGCCCAGCAGCACACGAGGGGAUGUAACGUCUUCAUCCGAUGAGGAGGAUAGCGACGCGAACAAAAACAGUCCUCCGUCUGGCUCACUUCUGGAUAAUUUGGAGCUGGACCAACCAUUGAGCAUUCCUGAAAUAAUUCCCGAAACUGAAGAGCUAAGCAAUCUACAAGUAGGAAAUCAAGUUGAAACUGGAGACACCUCUUUUGUUGUUGUAAAUUCGCAGGAGUUAAAUGAUUUACGGCUGUUGAUUUCAAGGACAACGCAAAGUGUGCUAACUUUGUUGGAAAAGCAGGCUGAAGACAUUAAAGACAUUAAGGCUUUACUGAUUAAUGUGAAACAAAGGCCGGAUGGUAGGAAGGCUCCCAAUUUCAGUGCCAUUCCAAAAUUACCCCUCGACAACGAGGUAGCACUGGCGGAGUUUGAAUCUUGGCUCGAGGUGGAUUAAAAUCGCGAAUUACUGGUUGAAUAUUUGGCAUUUUCAACUGCGACACAGAUCGAGGCGAGCACUAGAAAAAUCUUGAAAAAAUUAUUUACGAAUGAAUUUGGCAGGCGAAUUAAUUUUACGGGUAAAGGAAACAAGACAUCGAUGAAAAACCUAAAACUAUUGGAAGUCGUAAAAGAAACCGUGCGAAACGUCUUUACAGUUGAGUCCGUUCCCGAUCCCAAAAAUCCCAGCGGCCGUAUUCCCACCGAUGAUAUAAUUCAAACUGCAGC